AUGCAACAACAAAUAGACAAGAUGUACGCUACUAGUCCCGUUAGAAACGUGGGCGUAGCGACUAAUUUCUUGUACAAGUUAACAGAAUUAGCUGCUUACACUUCGGCUGUUGUCAGUGAUGCUUACGGUACUUUGACAUCUAAUAAUGGCAAAUUUGAGCUAGAAAUCCCUGUACAGACAAAUAAAUCUUAUAAAACUUUUGGAUCACAAGGAAAGCAUAUUGACGAAGAUGAAAGGCAUUUCAAUAACGACAAUUCAGAACUUCUCGACACGAAUAAUAUUGAGUUGAACGACAAUGACACGGUCCAGAAAAAAAUUAUUAAUAUUGUUCAAAAAAACAAUCGUAAUAUAGUCCAAAAAAAAAAUAAUAAUACUGUCCAGAAAAAAAAAAAUAAUACUGUCCAGAAAAAAAAUAAUAAUACUGUCCAGAAAAAAAAUAAUAAUACUAUCCAGAAAAAAAAUAAUAAUACUAUCCAGAAAAAUGACGAUAAUAAUGCGACUACCAAACAAAAAAUAGAUUUUGGUGUUGAUAAAAAAGACCAAUGUUCGUGGUCAACAAAUGAUAAUGAAGAGGAACCACCACCACCAUACGAUAUUUCUUGGUCAAUGCCAACUCAUAAUAAUGAAACGAAUCAGACUUUAUCGAUCUCCACUAAUAACUUAUCGGAUGUGUCUACUCUGUCCACUUCGCCGAAAAAUAUCCGAUUUGAGACUCCACAAACUGAUUCUCAGAUCGAUAUCUCUUCUGCUUCUCCGUCUACUCCUGUUAAACGUAGGCAAAUUCGUGUACGUCGUCCUCGACGAUUACUUCGUCGCAAGUCUUCUUCAACUGAUAUUUUAAUUCAACCUAGUGAAUUUGAUGAUCAUGAUGCUUUUAUAUCAAAAGUCAAUGAGAAACUUAUUGACAUGAUCGCUCGAGGUAAAGCUGCCUUAAACAGUACUGUCAGUGUAACUGAUGUUGAUAUAAUGCUUGCUGAAGAAAGAGAACGUGAAGAUCGCAUAAUGAAAGAACUUGGCCUUCAAACUCCUCUUAAUCGCCGUAAUAGAAGAUUUAAUAGUUCUUUUUCGGAUUACGAUUAUUUUGGUGCUUCAAUAUCUGAUCAUGCCAACUACUCCGCUCCAGAGUCUUCUUCCUAUUAUGAUUAUGGUUACGUUUCUAAUAAUACUUAUUCUUCUCCAAAUAAUUAUGUGACGUCUCCUCCUCUUCACCAUUCUUCCCACAUGCAUUAUAACUCCUCAUCUCAAUAUAGUUCUUAUAUGAGUCCUCCUCUUCAUCAUUCAUCUCACAUGCGUUAUAACAUUCCAUCUCAAUAUAGUUCUUAUACAACUUCUCCUCCUCAUCAUUCUUCCCACAUUCACUAUAAUACUCCUUCUCAAUAUAGUUCUUAUGUAACUCCUUCUCUUCAUCAUUCAUCCCACAUUCUCCAUGACACUCCAACUCAAUAUA